GGGCCUGGAAGCGCCCGGAGAACGGGCCGGCGCCGGUCCUUGCGGCGCCAGGGAACCCCAUCAUGGACGCCGAAUCCUGGCCGGCGCUGCCCGGCCAGCUCCCUCCCGCGCCGACCACGCCGCCCAAGGCGUCCCCUAAGGCCACCGCUCCUCCCCCUGAGGCAGCGAUCGCACCGGUCUCACUGGGCAACUCUGGCGUCAAGGAUGGUGAUGAAGCACUGCUGCGCGGUCCACCUGUUCGGCGUGCUCUGGUGAUGCCAGCAGGCGAUGGGCUCGUGACGCGUGCCCCUGCUCCAGAGCUAUCCCCAGUGUACUCGCCUACUGCCCGGAGCAAUGGUGGUGGGCUGGUCAUGCCUGCACGUGAUGGGCUGGUGGCGCGUGCCCCUGCUCCAGAGCUAUCCCCAGUGUACUCGCCCAAUGGCCGGAGCAAUGGCGGUGGGCUGGUGAUGCCUGCAGGUGAUGGGCUGGUGGCGCGUGCCCCUGCCCCAGAGCUAUCCCCGGUGUACUCGCCUAAUGGCCGGAGCAAUGGUGGCGGUGAUCAUAAUCAGAAUGGCCGUUUUGGUUCCCAUCCCCAUGGCCGAAACGGCAGCUAUGGUGGGGGGAACAGAAGGGGCAAUGGUGGUCGGCAUGGACACGAGCACCAUGGAGGGUUUGAUGGGCAACGGCGUGGCGGUGGACGCAGGGAUGGACAUGGACCAGGGCAUCAGCAGCGUAAUCACCAGCCAUCGUACAUCAGGGCUCCUUCUCCUCCACUGGCUGUUAUAGCGGCGGCACCUCCUCCGCCACCAUUUGUUGGCUCUGCUAAUCCACAGACACCGCCUUAUGGGGCACCUAUGGGCUUCCCUGACAUGUCACCUCAUCUUUACUAUUUUGCCGUGCCCACCUCGGAUGGUCUUCAAGCCCUUCCGUUUGUGCCUCCCCCGCCAACCCCUCCAGCCAUGUUAAUUUCUCCAUUGGAACAACUCCAAAGGGAGCUACUGGUGCAGAUAGAAUACUACUUUAGUGAUGAAAAUUUGUGCAAGGACAUUUACCUGCGACAACAUAUGGAUGGCCAGGGCUGGGUGCCAGUAUCAUUGAUUGCUGGCUUUAACCAGGUCCAAAAGUUCCUACACCGUAUUGGGCAAGUAAAAAAGCUGGCUGAUAAUAUACAGUUUAUCUUGGAUACAAUUCUGCUAUCUACUGUGGUGGAAGUACAGGGUGACAAAAUACGGAGGCGUGCAAGAUGGGAGAUGUGGUUGCUUCGGAGAUCAAAUUAUUCUGCUGGAAAUUCUUCUGGUUUAUUUUCCCCUGUGACAUCCAACAUUGACACAUUGACAUCUCAGUUUCAAUCCGUUGGACUUGAGGGGACAACAUACCAUCCUAGUAUGCAAGGAAUGCCCGGUGGAGCUCUCCUUACUAGGUCAACAACUUCUGCUAGUAUAGGCUAUCAAGCACCUACCUUCGAAGGACUUCACAGCAAUGGGAGUGGACCCAUUUUUGGGCAGAACACCGCAAGAAGUUUACUCCGGAGCGAUACCUUUUGAGAUUAUACCCAAGAGAGUACAGUGGCAUGCCGAGUUUUCAGUGUUUACGGCACGCUUGCCUGGAUGAGGAUGAAGAUGAUUGUUCAAAAAAAGGAUUUGAAAAAAAUAUCAAAACCCCAAAAAAAGAUAGUAGAGAUAGUAAUACACAAAAAAAUAAAAAAAAAAAUCUGAAAACUAUAAAAAAAAAUAGUAGAUGGAACUUCUGAAUUUUAGUUGUUGAGCUUUUUUCUUUUUGGAGAUGUGUUAUUAUAUGUCAUGUUUCUGCUUGAAUGAUGGACAGUUAUUGUCUCUUUGUGUAAACCGAGUUAUCCUAGAUACUGGACAUUGAAGACACAAAACUAUAUAAAAAUGACAUUACUUGUA